AUGUCCUCCGAAUCCAGUGCUCCUCCAGUUCUCUCGACGCCCGCCGAACAUACCUUCUUCGAAGACCCGACUCCAAAAUCCGUGAUCGAGGCGGCGGGACGAAUCCAGAGACCCGACGAUGAGCUCUUCGAAGUCUACGAGAUCGCGCGGACCGCGACCGAGGUUCAGCAGCGGGCAUGGAAACGCAUUGCCCUACAGUUUCCCGACGCCAUGCUUCCGGACGCGCCGUGGGUCGUCGGUGCCCUGAGUAGAGAACUUGACAAGCUGGCAGAAUCAGCACAGGAGACCGAGCACAAGCCGUCGCGCGAGGAUAACACCAAAGGCCAAGUGGAUGACAAGAACAAAGUGCGCGAUCGGGGGCAGAACCAGAGGCAAAGGCUUUAUAUCCUCGCAGAUACAUCAUACAGCGCGUGCUGCGUCGAUGAGAUAGCGGCAGAACACGCAGAUGCUGACGCGGUUGUACACUAUGGACGCGCGUGCCUGAGCCCUACCUCGCGGAUACCGGUCCUACACGUUUUUACGAGGCAGAAACUAGACUACGAGGCAGUUCUCGCAUCGUUCGAGACCGAGUUCCCAAACAAGGCACAGAAGGUUAUCCUGAUGGCCGAUGUCAUGUUUCAAGAGCAUGUUGCACCCGUGUGUGAACUACUCCGAGGGAAGGGGUAUACCCGUGUUGUCGCAACCGAGAUCGUGCACGAUCCGUCAGGAACCAUCCCAAAUCGCCAGCUUCUCCCGCACGAGUCGAGGACGAUGGCAGAAGCUGAUGAUGACCUACACGACUACGACCUCUUCCACAUAUCGACGCCUCCUAGCUCGCUGCUCCUGACCCUUUCAUCCCGCCUCGCCUCGCUACGCAUCUACCCGACCCCGACCUCCCCAUAUACCACCACAUCCAGUCCUCCAGACCCGAGCGCGACACCCUCUAUUCUCCGCCGGCGCUACGCACUCGUCAUCCGACUCGCCACCGCCUCCAUCAUCGGCAUACUGGUGAAUACGUUGUCGGUCAAGAACUACAUGUCCACCAUCUCGACGCUGAAGAGCCAGAUCGCGGCCGCGGGCAAGAAGAGCUACACCAUUGUCGUAGGCAAGUUGAAUGCGGCCAAGCUGGCCAACUUUGCCGAGGUCGACGGCUGGGUCGUGGUCGGCUGCUGGGAGAGUGGACUGGUGGAGCAGGAGGGUCUGUGGAAGCCCGUCAUCACGCCCUUUGAGAUGGGCCUGGCGCUGCAGCGCGAGGAGGAUAGGAUAUGGACAGGUGAAUGGUGGGGUGGCAUUGAGGGGGUGAAGAACCAAGUCAGCGAGUCUACGAAGACCGAGGGUGACUCGGCGCAGGAGCUACGAGAAGGACCAUACACCAGACCUGAACAUGUCGAGGGCGGAGUAAGCGACGAAGAAUCGGAACCUCCCGUGUUUGACCUGCGAACCGGCAAGCUCGUCAGCAAUAGUCGGCCAAUGAGAGUGGCGAUGCGUGGUUCUGCUGCGGCUGAUGCCCAACCCAAUGGCGACGGUGGCAAUGGCCAGGGGCUUGGCUCGUUUUCUCUCACGAGGCGGGCUAUAGGCGAGGUGGCCCUAGUGAAGGGUGAAGCCAGUCCUGGCGCCGAGUUCCUCAGGUCACAGAGGACAUGGCAAGGUCUAGGCAGCGACUUCAACCAAGACGAAGAAGAGGGAGCCAGUACUGUUGUUGAAGAGGGUCGCAGCGGUGUUGCGAGAGGGUAUACUGUUGGCGAGGACCAGCAAAGAGCCUGA